AUGUCAGAUGCUUACCCUCCACCGAGUUAUCCGCCUACCCGCACUCCACCCUCUCUUUUCGACCGUCUGCCGAACGAGAUUUUGAUGGAAAUAUUCAAGGCCUUCUGGGAUCUGAGGCUGGAAAGGUUUCUUUGGAGCGAUAACCCCGGAUCUCUAGCUGCCCUUCCCCUCUGUUCCGUGUCUCGGCGCUGGCGCGAUGUUGCCCUUGCUGUUCCUCAGCUCUGGUCAUAUGUUCAGGUCAAAACGCCGGCCGAUAUCGAGUGGAUGAAGCUCGCAAGGACGCGCUCACGACGUCACCCCAUCGCCCUUUCGGUCGAGAUACACGACGAGGACGCGUGCACCGUGAUGCUCUCAGCGCUCGAAGAUGGCCGUGCGCUCAUAUGCGACCUCGAUAUUAGCCUGGCCGACGAUGAAGAUGAUGCUUGGGAAAUCGGGAUAAACCUCGCGGCGCUGGUCAUGGGCUUUCUCAACGCCGGAAUGCCUGCCCUGGUAUCUCUCGUCGUCAGCAUACCUGACUGGCCAGAGCUGGAGCCCCCAGAAGCCUUGCUCACACUGGACGCCACCCAAUUCCCGCGUCUUCGCGAGCUCGACGUCUAUCGCCUCCAGCUGUCAUGGAUGCCCGAUAUAUUUGCUCGGCUGCGUACACUCUCCAUGGGAAACUGUCGCGGCGACCGCGUUCUGCCGACAUCCGAGUUCCUGGACGUCCUCGCGAUCGCCCAGCAGCUCGAGGACGUGUCUAUGGAGGACGGAAUGCCCUUCCACAAUUACCCGGUAGUGAUCGCGCGGGAUAGACCGAACGAGCCCAUCGCGAUCUCAAGCCUACGCAGGCUCGAGAUUCACGACGACGACUGGUUCGUCUUCGCCCUUCUGCAGAGCAUACGUCUCCCUGUCGGGAUCCGUGCGAACCUCGAGGUGUACGUGUCCGGGCAGUGGCACCGGGAGUCGCGAUCAGUGCACAAGACCUCCGGGCUGCUGCCGAUGUCCAUUCCGGACGACCCCGCCAACGUGCAUUUCCUCGAGACGACAACAUGUGCAGAUAUCAACGUCCCUCCAGGCGUGUGUGAAAACUAUGCGUAUGUCGAUUGUGAUGGACGCUUCCGCCUCACACUCGCCUUCUUCGCCUACGAAGCGCCGCCGUUCAUGCGCUCGCAGUGCAUCCUCGAGGACUUCAGGGCCCUCUUCCGCCGGGCGCCCCUGCGGAAACUCUCCGUCGCAUGUCACCUUGUCCGCAUCCCGCACGGGCUGUGGGUCGAGCUCUUCCGCACCUUUCCCUCUCUCUGCGAGCUGCACCUCCGCGGAGAGGGCUACCCGGGGCGGCUGCUGGCUGCCCUCGCCGCACGCCCGGCAGAGGAGAGCGCGUCCGCGGCGGUCCCGCGUCCUCUGCUUUUGCCAAAUCUGACUACAUUCACCCUCAAGUACUUUCCGUGGCACCGUGAGCUGUUCGGGGCGAUCGUGCGCACUUUCGAGGGGCGGGCGAAGGCAGGUGCGUUGAGGAUGCGCGAGAUACACGUCGUACUCCGUGAGAGGCAGAAGAACGCGUAUUUGAACAGUAUGCUUCUUCGCGAUAUUGCGGCGCUGAGAGAAUACUGUGAUGGCGUUGUGUAUGAGGACACGAAUCAUGCGUGUGUAUGA